AUGUGGUUUUUGGUGAUAAGUCUUUGUUUUGUUAGCUCAAUAUCUUGUGGAGUGAUACGUGAAUCUAGAUUGGUACAAUUGUCACAAGGUCCAGUGCGUGGAUAUAAAGAUGUGGAAUAUGGGAUAUUUGUAUUUCAUAGUAUCCCAUAUGCUACAGCACCGACAGGUCGAGAUAAAUUUAAGGUCCCAUCAUCACCGCCAAAAUGGAGUGAACCAUUAGAAGCCGUGGAUGGAGAUGUCAUAUGUCCUCAAAUUGAUUUUAUGAAUGUAGUCCCAGAUAAUAAGAUACCCAAAGAAGAUUGUCUCCUUGUAAAUAUUUAUGCUCCUGAUAGUAAAAAAACGCAACUCCCAGUAGUCGUUUAUGUUCACGGCGGUGCAUUCAUUGAAGGCUGGAGUGAUCUAUUUUCACCAAAGGGCUUAGUUAAAACUGGAGAGGUUAUCGCAAUUACAUUUAACUAUAGAUUAUCCGCGCCCGGUUUUCUAUGUCUGGGUACAAAUAAUAUUCCCGGGAAUGCCGGCAUGAAAGACCAAGUAGCACUAUUGCGAUGGGUAAAGGAAAAUAUUAAAAACUUUGGCGGUAAUCCUAAUGAUGUCAUAUUAUCAGGCUUUAGUUCUGGAGCUUCAGCUGUAGAUCUUUUGAUGAUUUCAAAAAUGACAAAAGGUUUAUUCCAUAAAGUCAUUCCAGACAGUGGAUCGAGUUUAGCAUCAUUUGCUGUUCAGCCAGACCCUCUGAAAAAUGCCAAGGAAUAUGCUAAAUUAUUAAACUUCAAUGAUGUCGAUAAUUUGAUUGCCUUGGAAGAAUUUUAUAGAAAUAUCCCAUAUGAACAAUUACUAUCGGUACCAGUAUUAAAUAGAACAGAUUCCAUGUUUUUGAUGUCGCCCUGUGUUGAGCGUGAUCUAGGGGAAGAAAGGUUUCUUGAGGACAACCCUGUUAAUAUAUUGAAAAGUGGCAAUUUUACUAAAUAUCCUACGUUAGUUGGAUUUUCUAAUAUGGAAGGUUUAUUCUUUAUACAAAUGUUUGAAUAUUGGAAGAAUAUGAUGAAUACCCGGUUUUCUGAUUUUUUACCGGGAGAUUUACAUUUUCAAGAUGACAAAGAAAAAGAAGAAGUUGCAGAACAAGUAAAAAAGUUUUAUUUUAAAAACAAAUUGGUUGGAAAAGAUACUAUAACUGCAUACGUAGAUUAUUUAUCGGAUGUUGUAUUUGUUAAUUCACUACUGAAAUCUGUCAAGUUACAAGUGGAAGCUGGAAAUAGUCAGAUGUAUUUCUAUGAAUAUUCUUAUAUUGAGAAAAGUAUACCACCGAUACCUUACACGAACAUACGUGGUGCAAUUCAUUGUUCUCAAACGUUUGCAAUAUUAGAUGGUUUUUUCAAUGGAACUAUGGUGCCAGAAAUAUAUAUAUCUGAAGAACUGAAAGAAAUAAAAAAAAGUAUGAGGAAAAUUUGGCUAAGUUUUAUAACUACAGGCUGCUGCCUUAAAAUGUGGGAGUGUGUAUUGGUUAGUAUGUGCUUUAUAGCGGCUAGUGCUGGUUGGUCAGAAGACACAAAUUCAAAACUAGUGAACAUUACUCAAGGCCCUGUGCGCGGCUACAAGGACCCCAAUGAAGAUAUCACAGUUUUCUACAGUAUUCCAUACGCUAAAGCUCCUACUGGUCCCGAUAAAUUUAAGGCACCAUUACGGGUUCCUACUUGGACAGAUCCAUUAGAAGCAGUUGACCAAAAAAUAGUAUGUCCACAGAAUAUUUCACCAUUCGUUCAAAGAACUUUUCAAGAAGACUGUCUUAUCGCAAAUGUUUACGUACCAAAUACAGAAGAGCAAAAUCUCCCAGUCGUAGUGUAUAUACACGGUGGCGGCUUUGUUAUAGGUUAUGGGGAUCUAUUUAAACCAAAAAAACUAGUUGCCAGUAAAAAAGUUGUUGCUGUUACAUUUAAUUACAGACUCGGUGCACAUGGUUUUCUAUGCCUGGGUACAAAAGACAUACCAGGUAAUGCCGGCAUGAAAGACCAAGUUGCAUUACUUCGCUGGGUUAAACAGAAUAUUGCAAGUUUUGGUGGAAACCCCGAUGACAUCACAAUAAGUGGAUUUAGCGCUGGAUCUUCCUCUGUUGGACUUUUAAUGAUAUCAAAGAUGGCACAAGGUUUAUUUAAAAAAGGUAUUCCAGAAAGCGGAGAUAUUUUUUCGCCUUACAGUAUGCAAACGAAACCUGUUCAAGUUGCAAAAGAGUACGCUCAGUUAAUAAAUUUUAAUAAUGUGGAUGAUAUUAAUGCUUUAGAAACUUUCUUUAAAAAUGUAUCUUAUGAAGUUAUGACUUCGGCUGACAUAUUAAGCAGAGCUGACUCCACUUUUCUCUUUGCACCUUGCGUUGAGCGAGACUUUGGACAAGAAAGAUUUCUUGAUAAUAGCCCCAUGGAUAUAAUAAAUCGUGGCGAAUUCAAGAAAAUACCUUUAUUGUCUGGAUUUACAAGUAUGGAGGGCUUAAUGCGUAUUUCGAAUUUUGAUCAAUGGAAAAUUGAAAUGAAUAAAAAAUUUUCUAACUUCUUACCAGCUGAUUUGUAUUUUAAGAACAAUGAAGAGAGGGAUAAGGUUGCUCAAACAAUUAAACAGUUUUAUUUUAAUAAUCAACCCGUCGAUAACAACAAUGUACUGGAUUAUGUUAACUUACUUUCAGAUAUGCUUUUUACGUGCCCAACUUUAAGAUCAACAAAAUUACUGCUAAAAAGUGGCAAUGAACAUAUAUAUUUCUAUGAAUAUACUCAUGUUGAUAAUUGUACAGCAAAGGUACCAUACACCGAUGUGAGAGGCCCCACACAUGUGGCUCAAACAAGUACCAUUUUAGAAGAAGAUCUUCGAAAUUGUACUGAUGAUAAAGAUAUAGAGGAAUGGAAAUCAUUAAUGAGAGAAAUUUGGCUAAACUUUAUAACGGAGGGGAUACCCGAAAGCCCUAGUCUUCCAGAAUGGCCGCCCCUUCGUGCAGACUCUUUUAACUAUAUGGAUCUUAAUCGAAAUCCAUCACUUAAAACUUCUCUUCUACAAGAAAGAUGUUCCUUUUGGGAAGAAAUUUACAAUAAGUUUUAUCAAAAUCCUCUUCCACCUGAAUAU